AUGCACAUGGUCGACAGAACCUUUGAGUACCGGGAGAUCAUGAACCGUGCGCCGCAGAUCAUCCGGGGCGCCCUGACACUUGAGGCAAACAGCUUCACCCUCAACGACGCCUACAUCACACUCUCGGACGAGGCCUGCGCGACCUGUCGGCAACGCGGAGGCUUCAUCUACCUGAUCACGUGCGAGCGUGUCUGCUCGCUGUGCCUGAUCGAGGUCCCCAGGUGGAAGCCACGAGUAAGCGUGCAGAGGGAUUGGAAUCUGUUCGGGGCGCCGUACCCGCAUCCCAAGUUGACGCCAUCUGCAAUCGGCAGACCAGGGGUAUAUGGGACGGCUGGAGGCUAUCAGCGUCCCUUUGGAGCGAUUAGGACAAUGCGCAACUUCUGGAUUGUGAAGAAUGCUCCUUCACGAUUCUGGGAUGCAAAGCACUGCGACCGCGUGCGCCAAGCUCGUGGGAUUCAGUCCUUCAAGGGUAGUGUUUGGUACGCCUCGCAGCUUUUUGUUUCCGUCAGCGUCCCGUUGGUGGACCGCUAG